UUCCUGGUGGUCCUCCAUUAGACGUUACUGUUGAAGCCACUGGAGCCACGUCACUAAAAGUCGCUUGGAAGCCUCCACGAAAAGAUCUACUCCAUGGUAAACUGCUGGGUUAUUACGUGGGUUACAAGCAGGAAGACAGUCAAGAGUCAUUCCAGUAUAAAAACGUGGAGACUCCUGAAGACGGAGAAAUGGCCAGCUACAUAACGAACCUGAAGCGUCUAACUUCGUACCUUGUCAUGGUACAAGCUUACAAUAACGCAGGACCUGGGCCUAGAUCUGAUGAAAUCCAGGCUAAAACCCUAGAAUCAUCUCCUCCUACGUCUCCUGGAUUAACUGUGGUUUCAUCAACAUCGUCUUCAAUCUCUAUUGAAUGGGAAAAGAAUGAAAACGUCGUGUUUAAAGAUUAUAUUCUCCAUUAUAAAGCAGAAGGAAAAGAAUGGAUAAAAGAAAAAUUAUCUACAACUACAAACAACUAUACGUUAAAAGGUCUCCAAUGUGGCACUCGAUACAGGCUAUACAUGACUGCUUCGAACAGUUUAGGAACAGGAGAGCCUAGUGCCACUGUUAUAGGCCGUACCAAAGGAGGAGCUCCCGUCUCUCCUCACAAGAGGACGUUUUUGAUAAUAAAUUCAACUUUUGUAAACCUAAACUUGGGUUCGUGGGAAGACGGCGGAUGUCCUAUUCAGUAUUUCUCUGUUCGUUAUCGACCUACAUUUCAACACGUCUGGAACACUGUAGCGUCCCGCGUGAUGGCGCUGCAGAAGCAUUUGGAUAUAGGCCACUUAACGCCUGGUCGGGAAUACAGUCUUUUAGUAAAUGCAUAUAACGAAGCAGGAACAACGGAAGCGGAAUAUACGUUCCAGACAUUAAACUAUACCUUCUUCGCUUCCGUAUUAACGCCCCCACCAGUAAGGCGUCCAGAGAGCAGGAACUCGUCCUUACCCUUUUACCGAAACUUGACUGUUAUCUUACCAGUAGUAUUCUCCAUCAUCGUGCUUCUUGUGGUCACCACAGCUGUUUUGGUAUGUCUCAGAAAGCAGUCAGACAGCAGCAACGGAGAUAGUAGUACAGAGAGCCAACCUCGAAAGGGUAGACAAGUUGAAAAUGUCGGUAUGAUGGAAUUUCCCCAAAAACCUCCGAAAGAAAUGGAGCAAACUUACAAACCGUCAUACUACUCUUCACCAACAAGAAAGCCGACACCUAUUGCCGCUAGAGGGCGACUUCGACGAAGAGAUGAAAACCACGAAUAUGCUGAACCCUAUGCUUCUGUGCCUCCUCCGCGAUGUGUGAUUGAUGAGAGGAACUGCCCAGCCAUGUUAUCUACAAGAAAUGAUGGUCCUUACGCUACGAUAAAGCGGAGUCCGCCUCGACCUGUAUGUUAUUUACCCCCAAUGAAUCAAGUAGGGGUCAAGCUGAGGUCCACACAGCAGGCGACCUCUCCUGAACGAUCGGGUCCAUACUGCCAAUCUGGUUCAAGUCCAUCAGGUUCCAGUGGAGAAAGACCAAGUAGCAUGUGAAGGUAAGUGACAUGUCCAAAUGAACGCUAUGUGAAAAGAAAGAUGUUCCUUCAUCCCAACGGUACGUUACACUUUUGUUCAUGUUCUUCUGUUGUUAUUGUGUUUCCAAGUUCCCCAGUGGAGACCAGUUUGAGUAAUUGCACCUCUCCGUCCUUGUGAAAUACAUCGCUUUCUUGAUCCAGACAAACCUGGCGGAAGAAUCCCACUAAACAGUUCAUGGUAGUUGUAAUCACACUGUCUAGUGGAAGUAAUACACCAAACAUUCGUAAACCUUAUUACACUAGAAACAUGAUUUCCCUCACCGAACAUUUUAAAAACUCCAUUAAUUUCAUUCAGAGAUUGUCACAAACUAUCAUUUCGUUGCUUGAACUUGCUCUGUUCGUGAUGUUUGUUCUUGCUCACAACUGAAUUACAAUCUGUUUUGUCUCAACAAGUGUAUGAUCACAUUGUCUAGUGGAAGUAAUACACCAAACAUGCGUAAACCUUAUUACACUAGAAACAUGAUUUCCCUCAACGAACAUUUUAAAAACUCCAUUAAUUUCAUUCAGAGAUUGUCACAAACUAUCAUUCCGUUGCUUGAACUUGCUCUGUUCGUGAUGUUUCUUCUUGCUCACAACUCAAUUACAAUCUGUUUUGUCUCAACAAGUGUAUGAUCACAUUGUUUAAAAAUAAUAACUUGUUUCAUACCUUGUAAAAUUAAUUGCCAGUGAAUCUCCAUUUGUGUUAAUUGUGAUAUUAUUUUACUAACAUAUUAUCAUAUCUAUAGUUAAAUAAUUACUUAUAUUGUUAUAUCACAGCUUUGUCGGAAAUAUUUACGGUUGUUUGUGUUUUUUAAUUGGCGUUUGUAGUUGUAUUUUGUAUAUUUAUAUACAUACAUCUAUACGCAAAUCUAUUAUGUUAUUUAUAAUAUUGAACGAGAUGAUGUCGUCAUAGACUGUUUAUUCCAGUAACAACUGUGAAAAGCUUUGCGACAGUAACUUCGGUUAUGAAUCACUGUGUAGUUUCGCUGUUUUCCUUACGAGUAGAAACGCUUUUGUUUUCCCAUGUAUUUUGUAUAGAACACAAUCAAUUGUGUGCCUUUCAUCAGCUCCUUCGGAUCAAUAUAGAGGAUUUGUCUGAUUGUCUGUUGUUUGUGAUCAUCGCCAAACAGAGCAGGAUUUACUACUAAUGUAUAAAAGCACGUUCUGUACAUAUAA